AUGCAGACUAAACUGGUGAUGACGUUAUCGGAAGUAUCCACGAGGAGAAGGAUACGAAUAAUUUUAUGUGGUUUAUUGAUUGUUAGCACUAUUCUUUGGAUAUUUCUUUGGGGAGCAUAUAAAACAAAUCUGAGGUUCGUCCAGGUCAUUCACCCAGAGCUCCAAUCGGGACAAAUUGAGAACGCGACCGAUUGUGCGCAACUGACACAAGCAGUUGCUGGUGAAUAUUUUCGGACGUCCGAAGAGGAACGAUCAUUUCCUAUCGCUUUCGCCUUAUCGACCUACUCAUCUUUUGAACGAUUGGCUCGGGUGUUACGACUCAUCUUCCGCGAGCACAACAUAUAUUGUAUUCACGUGGACAAGAAGGCAGACAUUUCGCUGAAAGAGAAAGUAAAACAUUUGGCCCAAUGUUACGGCCCUAGUGUCUUUGUGAUACCUGAUGAAAUCAGCGUGGAUGUCGCCCGGAGCUAUUUUACCGUCCUGCAGAGCGUUUUGCUAUGCGCACAACAGUUUCUUGAUCAGAAAACAGUAGAAUGGAAAUAUAUGCUCAAUCUUAAUGAAAAAGAGCUGCCGUUGCGCACAAACUGGGAGAUGGUUCGCGCACUCAAACGUGUGAACGGAUCAAAUAUUGUAGAAGGAGUCAACGGGCCACCGGUCUGGGAUCGGAUACCAUCGGGGAAACUUAGCUUUCAGGUUGAAUGGAUAAAGGGUAGCGUGUUGGUGGCACUCCGCCGAGAUUUCGUCAAGUUUAUGCUUACGGAUCCCAAAUCUCUGGAGAUUCUGAGUGUAAUGGAAGCUGAAAAACACUUGGGCAAAGUCCCAGAGGAGACCUUCUUCUCUACACUGGCCUACAACCCCCAGUUGGGGGCUCCCGGAGCAUGCCUACUCAUUCGUCCUCCCAACGCUUCCGACCCGCGCUCCUGGUUUCUCACACGCUACGUGGACUGGGAUAUAUACCAUUGCCCCAGCAAUUAUAUUAUCCACGGCAUUUGCAUACUCGGCUGGAAUGACUUGCCGAUUCUGGUCAAACAACCUCAUUUAAUGGCCAAUAAAUUCUAUCCCGAUUUCCAACCAGAAGCCUACGACUUUAUGGAAAAUUGGUACAUAUACAAAGUUCUGUUGGAACAAACGCAUCAACAUCUGGAUCCUAGUUUCGAUGAAACCAUCUACGCUAAACUGUACUGCUCAGAGAAUCAUAUUUGACUGGUUGGGUCUGGUGACCGGACAGUUUGGUUAUAAUUUUCUAUAGGUUACUUUCUCAAAUUUUCAUAUUAAUCUCUCAUUUUCGAAGGUUUGUACCGCAGGUUCGCCCUGUGCCAUGCCCUUCUAUUUUCAUCCAUUAUCCGUUUUCC